CAGAACUUUUCCUUUGCGGCAGCUGUACACAGAUACACGUGUUAUCGGAGUUGUGAAGAUACAUUUUCCAUCAGCAUGGCAAAGAGUUUACGCAGCAAGUGGAGGAGGAAGAUGAGGGCUGAGAAAAGAAAGAAAAAUGCCCCUAAAGAACUGGCACGACUCAAAACAGUGCUGGGUCUGGGAGAGAAAGGAGAGAUCACCAUGAAAGAUGUAGCUGAGAUCGCCACUGUGGUGCCACCUGAGAAAGUGAAGGAGAAAUCUAAAGAUGCAGAGAUGCACGAAGAAGAUGAAGAUGGUGGCAAGAUGGAUUUGGACACUAAACGCAAUAAAAAGACAAUGUUGGACGAUCAAGGACGGUAUCCGGUCUGGAUGAACCAAAGGGAGGCAAAGAAAGUGAAAGCCAAAUGUUUGGCUAAAAAAGGAAAGCCUAAGAAGACGAAGAAGGGUCUCGCCUGGUAGUUGAACUGAACUGCUCGAGCAUGGACAUUAUUCCAGUAUCAGCUGCAUGGGAGCCUCGCUGUGCAUCACUUUCAUGUACAGUUUGUACGUUUCUAUGGACAUUUUUGCAUGACGUCGUGCAGAAAUAUUCUUUACAGUGUUUACAAUUUGGUGACAGACACUGUAGUGGGCGAUGGAGAGUAAAAACACUGUACGUUACCUGCAUUCAGCGUACCAAACACGACAGACUCUUCCAAUAAAAGUCUCUUCUUUUCCUCUACUCCAAUCCAUGUCAUUCUGUGGGUCUGAUUUACUUUAAAGUUGUGAAGUAUUAUGUAUUUUCUUUGCAGACAGAAAAAAUUAUGGAUGUGCAUCCUGUUUUUUAUUUCAAUAAAUCCAAUAUAUCUCA